AUGGUGGUGUCAAGUGCUUUCUCAGGCUGGACUGAAAGUAUCAGUUCAGAAGACAGUUUGGAAUUCUUUUUAGAUGAUGAUGCAGACUUUGAUGUGGAGCCAGAUCUUUAUUUUAAAGAACCAGAAGAGUUACUCCAAGUCCUCACAGAAUUGGAAGAGCAGAAUCUUACUUUGGUCCAGUAUUCCCAAGAUGUAGAUGAAAAUCUUGAAGAUGUAAACAAAAGAGAAAAAUUAAUACAGGAUAAAAUAAAUGCCAACAUAGAGUUUCUUUUAGAGCACAAGGCAGUGCUUAAGGAUAAGUGUGUGAGAGAAGAGGAAAAAGCAGCAGAAUUGGAAUUAAGGUCCAGGCUAUUUAGUUUCGGAGAAUUUAAUUCAGAGGCUCAGGAAAAACUGAUAGACUCACUUAGUAAAAAAAUUAAUCAAGUGUACAGAAUCUGCAUUGGAGAUGCUGAGGUUGGUAGCCUCAAUGCAGUUCAAAAGCUGGUAAAAGUAGAGUCUCGCCUGGUGGAACUGUGUGACCUCAUCGAAUCCAUUCCCAAAGAAAAUGUGGAGGCAAUUGAGAGAAUAAAACAGAAAGAGCGACGGCAAAAGUUGCGUGAUGAGAAAAUGAGAGAAAAACAAAGACACCAGGAGGAAAGGCUAAAAGCUGCUCUAGAAAGAGCAGUAGCACAACCAAAGAAAAAGAUGGGAAGACGACUUGUCUAUCGUUCAAAACCUCCAUCUGCUAACAGACCUCAACUAAUUUCAGUCAGAGAUUCAAGAACAAAAACAGAAGAGGAAGAAUAUUUUUUUACUUGAAUAGGAGCUGUAAGACAU